CUCGUACAAUCCGCAAUUCACUUUGCUUAAUCUGGAUUUCACGUGUUUCGCUUCUCUUACUCUUUUUCUCUCAUUCUUUUCUCUGUUUCCCUCUUGUGCCCGCCCUUUCUUUUUCCUUGUCGUACAGUUCGUUUGGUUAUUUUUCCUCUCUUCUUUCUUUUUGUUCCUUUCUCUUUGGAAAACCUCUGCAGCGAAUUUAUUUUCUCCCCAAUUCGCUUCCAGCUAGUCAAAGGCGACUUCUUUUUUUUUAUUCCAUUUAUUGACCCUCCCUUUCAUCGUUUUUUCACGUCAUCUGUCAUCUCCAUUCAGUUUUAAACCAUGCAAUCCAUUAAAUGUGUCGUGGUGGGCGAUGGUGCCGUUGGUAAAACCUGUCUACUGAUAUCAUACACUACCAACGCAUUUCCGGGCGAAUACAUCCCAACAGUUUUCGACAAUUAUUCGGCUAAUGUCAUGGUGGACGGCAAACCUAUCAAUUUGGGAUUAUGGGAUACGGCCGGUCAAGAGGAUUACGAUCGUCUUCGUCCACUGUCUUAUCCCCAAACUGACGUUUUCUUGAGCUGUUUCUCCCUUGUCAGUCCUCCCUCCUUUGAGAACGUCAAAACCAAGUGGUAUCCUGAAAUCAGUCAUCACGCACCCAAUAUUCCUAUCAUUUUAGUCGGUACCAAGCUGGAUCUUCGUGAGGAACGCGAGACGGUGGAACGGCUUCGCGAGAAACGUAUGGCCCCCAUCACGUAUUCUCAGGGAGUUCAAAUGGCCAAAGAUAUUGGCGCCGUCAAAUACCUCGAAUGCUCCGCCUUGACCCAGCAAGGACUGAAAAAUGUGUUUGAUGAAGCCAUUCGUGCCGUAUUAUCCCCUCCUGCGGCUCCAAGAAGAAAAAAGGGCUGCUUGAUCCUGUAAUAUAGCGUUACUUUUUCUAUAUCCACCGUAUUUUCUUUUCCUCAACCUGUCCUCUCCGUAUAGUCUUUCUUUUCUUUCGUUUUUUUUCUUUUUCCUUUUUUUUUCUCAAUUGUUCGUAGUACUCACAAAUUUUAAUGUUUUAUCUUAUGCAAUCG